AUGGCUUUUGCUUCUUCCUCUACGGAAUCCCAUGUCCUCCCUCACAUAGCAAUCUUCCCCUUCAUGGCCAGGGGCCACACCAUCCCGCUCAUCCAGCUUGUCCACCACCUCCGUCGUCGCCGCCUCGCCACCGUCACCUUCUUCACAACCCAUGGCAACGCGGCCUUCGUCCGCGAGGGACUGUCCGGGGCCGACGAGACGGCCAUCGUCGAGCUCGCGUUCCCCGCCGACGUUUCGGGCAUCCCACCGGGCGUGGAGAGCGCCGAGGCGGUCACGUCCAUGGCCUCCUUUGUCGCCUUCGCACACGGCGUGUCGCUGCUCCAGCCACAGCUCGAGGCGUCGCUCUCCGCCAUGGAACCUCCGGCCAGCCUCCUCAUCGCCGACGCGUUCCUGUACUGGACGAACGCGUCGGCGGCCACGCUCGGCGUCCCGAAGGUGUCGUUCUUCGGCAUCUCUGCGUUCGCACAGGUCAUGCGGGAGCUACGCAUCAGCCACGAUCCGUUCCCGGCGCUGCAGCACGCCGACGUCGACGGCGACGGCAAUCCGGCGACGUUCGCGGUGCCUGAGUUCCCGCACAUCAAGCUCACGUUGGAGGACUUGAUGGCGCCCUUCGGCGACCCGUCGUCGGUCGCGCCGAUGAUGGAGCUGGACGGCAAGCUGGGGAAGGCCAUAGAGGAGAGCCAUGGCCUGAUCGUCAACACCUUCCAAGGCCUAGAGAAACCGUACAUGGAGUUCUGGAACAAGCACUACAGGCCCACGGCCUGGGCCAUCGGCCGCUCUGCCUCUCCCAGCCCCCGUCUUCUUUAUCGGGCGACGCCGGCCGGCCAUCAUGGAUGGAGUGGCUGGACGAGAAGGCAGCCGCCGGCCGGGCCGUGCUGUACGUGGCGCUCGGGACGCUGGCCGCGAUCCCGGAGGUGCAGCUGA